AUGUCGAGGCCGAAGCAUAAUGUGUCUGGAUACCACGAAGAGUAUGUGGAACCGGAAUCUGGUCAGGCUCGCAUUGCCACCACCGCUGGUACAGAUUUUCAAAAUGAAAUAUAUGCCUACGAGAACCGUGCUGUGGACCUCUGGACGGUGCUGGCAUGUGUGGCUCUUGCUUUUAGCUACGAAGCUUGCCUCUUUUCAUUUGUCCUUCCUGCAGCUAUUCUUCUGAACAUCAACGCAGCCAUCGGGCCAUCAACCCGCUUCAACUGGAUUGCCACAGCGUGGUCCUUGGCCGCUGCGGUUGUAACUACAAUAGCGGGACGCUGUAGCGACAUCUUUGGUAGAAGGAACUUCUUCAUUUGUGGAAACUUGGUUGGUCUCAUUGGUUGCGUCAUUGCCUCACGCGCAUCCAAUGUGGAUACUAUCAUCGCAGGAUCUACUCUUAUGGGUGUAGCUGCCGGUAUUCAGCAGCUUGCCUUCGCUGCGUCCAGCGAAAUUGUUCCUAAGAAGUGGCGAGGCACCGUGAUAGCCUUGCUCAACCUUGCAGCUGUGCCGGGCUCUGCAUUCGGCUCAGUUAUUGCAUACGCUCUCGUCGCACAUUUGAGUUGGCGGUGGACAUUUUAUCUGGGAGUGAUUGCCAAUGGCUUCGCACUGUCUCUCAUCCUGAUCUUCUACUGGCCACCUAAUUUUCUCGACUUUCACAAAGAAGAUGAGAAGACACGAUUGGCGCAGAUUAAGGAGUUGGACUUUGUAGGUAUAAUGCUCUCUGGUGGGGGCCUAACGUGUUUUCUGCUGGGAGUGUCUUGGGGAAAUAAUCCUUAUCGGUGGACUAGUGCUCAAGUUCUUGUACCGCUGAUCCUGGGUGCACUCUCUGUCAUGGUAGCUUUCCCUUUGUGGGAAGUUUUCAGCCAUGACAAGAUCGCAAAACUAUGUCCUCCAAAAUUAUUCCGAAACAUCAGAGGUUUCACACUUCCACUGAUUGUUUGUUUCCUGGGCGGCAUGAUGUUCAUGGCUUUGCAAGUUUUAUGGCCUCAAGAAAUCCAACUUCUAUUCACCUCUGUCCCAUCCACCAUAGGUUGGUACAGUCUCGCGUACAACGCAUCUGCACUAGUGGGGGGCGUCGUUGCAGGAAGCCUCUUUGCCAUAUUUAAAAAGACAAACUACCAAUGGCUGAUGGCCAUCAUCAUUCAGACUAUCUUCAUCGGGUCAAUGUCCACUGUGACAGAGCAUAAUCCUGGGAGGGCAAUUGCUUUUGUUGCUAUUGCAGCAUUCAUGGUCGGAGCGCAACAAGUUAUGGGCCUGCUGAUCAUUCAAUUUGGAGCUGAAGAUAAUCAAAUUGGUAUUGCGACAGGCUUAGCAGGUUCCCUCCGCUCAACAGGUGGUGCAGUCGCGAUUGCAGUUUAUGGCAGUGUUAUCAAUAAUCACAUUGCAAAAAAUCUUGCCUCAAGGCUCGCUGCUGCUGCCUUGUUAGCGGGUCUUGCUCCUGCCGAGGUGCCCGGAUUUAUUGUGGCUCUAACUUCAGGUUCCGUCGAUGGAAUCAGUUCUAUUGAAGGGAUAACUCCUGGCAUUGUUGCUGCAGGCAUCGCGGCGCAAAAAAGCGUUUAUGCGGGAGCAUUUCGAGUUGUUUUUCUCGUCAGUAUUGCGUUCGGUGGCAAAUUGUAA